AUGGAGUCCCGUGAAGUGGAUGCGAAGCACCCGGAAGAUGUCAAGGAUCUUGAGGAGUACGAAGGCGAGGUGUCACACAUCGACAAAGUCGACAAGAUUGAUAGAAUAGCCAACUACGACGACUCCAUCGAGAGCACCAAGGUAUCCACAGCCGUCUGGCUCAUAACCUUCACCGUAGCGACGGGCGGGUUCCUCUUUAGCUAUGACACGGGUGUCAUCUCGGCCGUAUUGGUCACACUCAAAAGCGACCUGGGCCACGAACUCUCCUCGAGCGAGCAAGAAAUGAUCAACUCCCUUACAUCAGGCGGUGCCUUGGUCGGCGCCCUGAUCGCAGGUCUUCCGGCAGACAAAUACGGACGCAAGUUCGGUAUAUAUGCCGGCUGUGCCCUGUUCCUGAUCGGCUCAGUGAUCCAGGCCGCCGCCUUCUCUGUCGCGCAGACGGCGGUCGGACGGUUCGUUGUCGGUCUCGGAGUCGGCUCUGCGGCAAUGAUCAUUCCUCUAUACAUUGGCGAGCUCGCACCAGCGCCGCACCGCGGGCGGAUGAUAGCUCUCGACAACCUCAGCGUGACCCUCGGCCAGCUCAUCUCGUACGCCCUGGGCGCGGCCUUCACCGAAGUCCCCCACGGCUGGCGAUACAUGGUAGCUGCGGGUGGAAUACCUCCCAUAAUCCUGGCCUUCCUCCUCCCCAAAUGUCCCGAGUCGCCCCGGCAGUUGCUCGCACAUGACAAGGUGGCAGAGGCUACGGAGUGUAUCGCACGCAUCUACCCCGAGGCGACAGAAGAGCAGGUGAGAUCCAAGGUGGAGUACAUGGCCUGGACGAUCCAGGUCGAGGCACAAGCCGUCGGGGACAAGUCGCUCUGGUGGCAGUUCAAACAGCUGCACUACGUGCCAUCAAACCUCAGGGCGUUGAUUACUGCCUGUGCGGUCAUGGCAAUCUCUCAACUCGGCGGUCUCAACACUUUGAUGUACUACUCCGCAACACUCUUUUCCCUCGUUGGUUUCAAGAAGGCCACCGCAGUGUCUAUCGUCGUCGGUGGCACAAACUUCACAUUCACGCUGGUCAAUAUGCUGUUCAUCGACCGACUGGGGAGGCGCAAGAUCCUUCUCAUCACGGUAAUGGGCAUGGCAUUGAGCAUGGUCGUUGCCGCCAUUGCAUUCCACUGGAUUCCUAUCUCUCGCGAUCUGGUCCUCGAGUCAGACACAGUGAACUGGGCCGGCAUCCUGAUUCUCGUCACUAUAAUUUUCUACGUCGCCUUCUUCGCCAGCGGCGUUGCUACCAUCGGCUGGGUGGGCACGGAGCUCCUGCCGAUCGAGGUUCGUGCCCUGGGGACGAUGAUGAAUACUGUCACCUGCUGGGGCUGCAAGAUCAUCAUUGCGUCGACGUUCCUGUCCAUGAUGAAGGCCUGGACUCCCAGCGGUGCCUUCGGAUUCUACGCCGCGAUCUGUUUCUUCGGCUGGGUCUUUGUCGUUUUCCUGUACCCGGAGGUUAAGGGUCUCCCGUUGGAGGAUGUUAGGCAGAUAUUUGAACAUGACUUUGGUGUCAAGGUGGCAGCAAGGUUGCAGAAGGAGCAGAAGGCUAAGCGUCAGGCUGGUAUAGCAUAG